AUGCUAGACGGCUACCCCAACCCCUCAACCCCCAUCCAAACAAUCGGCCUCCGCGAAAUCUGCCAAGUAAACAAUCAUCACUUCCGCCGUCUCCGAGGCACAGAAACCUGGAUCGAAUACACUCCUCCCACCAGCUCCUCCACUGAUCCUCCCACUAGCAGUACCACAAGAAGAGACAACUCCGGGGACCAAAGCACAAGCCCAAUCUACCUCUCCCUCUCCCUCGAGUCCCAAUCCCCCUCCGAACCAAACCACUGGUCCCUCUUCCUCGCCCGCGAAAACGCCCCAGGAAAACUAUACCAAGUCACCGGCGACGCCGAGAGCAUGACCUACGAGCCCUCGAUCCAGGAUGUGGAUAUCACACGGGCAGAGAGCUUCUAUACUUUGUACCAGUUGGCGGAGAUUUCGGAUGAACAGGUGAGGAUUGUGGAGGAGAUUGCGGAAGGGGAGAUGCCGCCGAAAGCGGAGAAUCGGGCAUCUGUGAGGGAGAAUUGUCAGGGAUGGUGUGUUAGGGUGCUGGGGAGGUUGGUGGGGAGGGGGAUUGUGGGAAGGGAGAAGGUAGAGAUGGUUAGGGGGUUGAUGGAACCGGUUUAA